AUGGAGAGACGACGACGGAGAUCGGGAAACAGAGCUUCCCUUCCUCGUCUUCCCAGUUCUCCCUCGCAUCCAUUCGCCUUCCCUCUGCUCCCGCUGCAGCAAAAGGACUGCAAGAUCCUCGACACCAAAUCCCAAACCCUCCGCAUGUACGUCUUCCUCAGCGCCCUCCUCGGAAUCUUCCCGGUCGCCUACAUCUGCGAAGACAUCAAGAUGAAACUGUUGAGGUUGUGGUGAGGCUUGCAUUGCGUUGUCGAGUGGGUUCUGUGAGUUUUUGGGUGAGGAAGUCACACUCUUCGGGGUUUGUGGGUUUUUAUGGAAGAAUUUGUUGGUUUUGGUUGUAUCUGGCUGCAACCUGCUUGGAAGAUGUCUCAAAACUAUGAAUCUUUUUGCGGGUUUAAUGGGCUAAAAUUGAAUCUUUCUCUUUUCCGCCUUGAACAUUUUACUUUCAGUCAUCUGUAAAUGUGAGUUGAUUGCCAUUUUCUGAGUUGUGAAUGACUUUGAUCUUGAGGGUUCAAUUGGAGUUCUGUUAUGGAUGCCUCUAUUUAGCACAGCCCUGUUGAGAUUAACGAUGAUUACUGUUGUGGUUUGACAUGAUUAAAAAGGGAAGAAUCUCAGCUUAAUCAACCCGUGUGUUUAAGGUUGAUGAGAUCAUAUAUACCAUCACUGGUCUGGAAGAGCUCGGGGAGUGGAUGAAGGCUUGUUUGGAGCAGCACCCCAUGUUAAGUCCCUGAGUGACAGAUGAAGAACUUGAACCGGAUCUGGUUGUUCAGCUCUUGAGUACUGCAACAGAACAGGGGCAGAAAGUUGUUAGGAAAGGAAUGGGGGCCAGAUAGUUUUGGCUUUUGAGUUUUGACAGCAGUAAAUAAGGCUCUGCAAAGAUGGAGAUGGAUGCCUUAAUAGAUUGAUUAGGAAAGGAGACAAAGAGACCAUUCUCCAUGUUGCGAGUGAUGGUUGGUUGUACUUCUAUCCAUUGAUAUGGGUUUUUGCAGGAAACGAAGAGUAUAUAGCAGUGGUUACAGCAAAUGG